AAUUGAAUUUUAGCAGAACAUUGAAUUGAUACGCCUCACUUUGCAGUUACGGUCCGAUGUUCCCUCGAAAAAUGCAUUCUAGCGGGUUGAUUGCUUUUGGCGUCGUGGUGCUUGUAACAAGCGUUGUCGGAGGUGCUACAGAGAAUCCUGACGCUGAUAAAGAGAUAGUAAUUCACGAACCUGCUGAAGCUUUCAAGCGCGUUAUUAACUAUGCUGAUCUACUGAGGGCACAUGUUGAGAACCUGCGUCAAACGAUCCGAGGAUUCCUGCAAAACAGCGUAACCGUAAUGGACACGACCAGGAACAUUUUGAGAACCGAGAAAAAGCAAGCCAAGUCAAUCAAGAAUGCCGCCUCCGAGGCCAUUAGGUCUUUCUCUUCCUUUAAGGCCAACUAAUAAAAUUGCAUGGAGGUGUACAUUUUAACAUUUAGAGAAUGGAAGUUAUAAUACUUGUACCUACAGAUUGUGUUUAUUUACGAUGUAUUUGUAUUUUAAAUCAGUGAAUAAAUUACCUAAUCCUGAAACUAGAA